GCGCAUUUACCUAGGUCUAUUGGGAGAAGAAGGUAGUAUAUUAUUAUCCGGUAAUACCCUCGCGUCUUAAAUCGAAAGUUCUUCAUGCUUAUGUUCACUAGUAAGGAACUCCACGACGCCGCCAACACUUACGCCCCGGCUGGUAGAGGCCAGACGAGGCGUACGAAAACAGGAAUCGAGGCUGAUCAAAUCCAUCUGACGGUAUAUCUCGCGAAUCAACCAAAUUGGGUCUCUGUGCACGGGCAUAUAUAUGGUGUUGUACGAGAGACGACAUAUAAGUUGAUGAGUGAAAGGAAGAGUAGAUACGUCAAGAAGAUACCGGAAUACACGGAGUAUGUAAUGAUGCCAAAUAAUGAACGAUGGAUGGCAAAAGACCGCCCAGAUCAGCAUCGGCGUAAUCCUGAGCUCUGGGAAUGGUUUGAGUAUAUGACUUAGGUACCUAAAUAUGAGCCUUGGAAUAAAAUGUAGAGAUGUGGUGGGCGUAUUAUAGCAACAG